UGCAUUCGCUGCAAUUGACUCUCUCAAUUUAAACCCAUUUCCAAAACUCAACUCUCUAUCUGUCUCUAAACCUCCCUAUUCUCCCGUCUUCUUCCCCUUCAGACAAGACUUUCCUCUGUUCCAUUACUCUGUUUUGCUCUGUUUCUGUUUAAAGGAUUUUCUUUUGGUUCUCAGGACAUUAGAGAGAGUUUGUCUUGGGAAAGAAAAUAUGGGUUUUGACUUCUCGACGGUCAAGAUGGUCUCUGUUCUGGUUUUCAGUCUUGUGGCUUUGAAUUGCCUCGUUGGGUUUGGAUCAUGCGCACAAUGUUGCCGGAAGCAGAAGUUCAAACUCUUCAAACUAUAUUCAGAAAACUGCAGCACCAUAAUGUGACUGUCAGUCAAACAUCUUGCACUGACGGUGGAUGGAAUGAUAUCAUAGGCAACAUAACAUGUAACUGUUCUGAGGGAAACAACACCAUGUGCCAUGUCACCAACAUACAGCUUAAGCGUCUCAAUUUAGCUGGAAUUCUUCCACCCGAAUUUGGAAAUCUUACUCAUCUGAAAGAAAUCGAUCUCACUCAAAACUAUCUUAAUGGUACAAUCCCAUCAAGCUUUUCCAAGCUGCCACUAGUCAUUUUGUCUCUCUUGGGGAACCGUCUUAGUGGAACAAUUCCUCCAGAGAUUGGUGACAUUGCUACACUUGAGGAACUGGUUCUUGAAGAUAAUCAGUUUGGUGGAACUCUUCCUGACAACCUAGGAAAUUUGAGCCGCUUGAGGAGACUCCUUCUUACUGCAAACAAUUUCACUGGAACAAUACCAGAAUCAUUUGGAAAAUUGAAGAACUUAACUGACUUUCGGAUAGAUGGAAAUAGAUUGUCAGGGAAGAUACCGGAUUUCAUCGGUAAUUGGACCAAACUUACCAAACUACACCUACAAGGCUCAGGCAUGGAGGGACCAGUUCCUUCAACUAUAUCUCUGUUGGUAAACUUAACUCAAUUGAUAAUCUCUGAUUUGAGUGGAUCCAGUUCAAACUUCCCUAGCUUGCAGAGUUUGAAAAAUAUUGAAAUAUUGAUAUUGAGGAAUUGCUUGAUUACUGGUAAAAUUCCAGACUACAUAGGGGAAAUGACGGUAUUGAAGACUCUAGAUCUGAGCUUCAACCGCUUGACUGGUGAAAUUCCAAGGACACUUCAGAGUUUGAGUAAAUUAGAAUACUUGUUCCUGACUAAUAACUUACUAACUGGAGCAGUACCAAGUUGGAUGUUGAGCAGCAAACGGAACUUGGAUCUGUCUUACAACAACUUCACGGAGUCAUCUCCAACUAGUUGCCAGCAAGCAAAUGUGAACUUAGUGUCCAGCUUGUCAACCAUGGAGAACAGCUCAGUUGCUUGGUGCUUGAGGAAGGACCUUCCUUGUUCUGGGAAAGCCAAUGGGUAUUCCUUGUUUAUUAACUGUGGAGGGCAGAAGAUGGAGUUUGACGAAAAUGAAUAUGAAGAAGACCUCAGCACAGUUGGUCCCUCAAAUUUCGUUUCUGCGGUUUCAUGGGCUUAUAGUAGUACAGGGGUUUUUCUGGGCAAUGAAACUGCUCCUUAUACAGCAAGCUCAUCUGGUCUGAAUGAUACCAGUCUAGAGUUGUACAGAACUGCACGCCUAGCACCACAAUCACUCAAGUACUAUGGCCUAUGCUUACGACAGGGCAAUUAUAAUGUGACACUUUACUUUGCUGAAAUAAUGUUUACUAAUGACCAGACAUACAGUAGCUUAGGAAGGCGCAUAUUCGAUGUCUCAAUUCAGGGACAAGUAGUUUUGAAGGAUUUCAAUAUCAUGGAGGCAGCUGGAGGUGCUGGUAGGGGAAUCCCUAGGGAAUUUAAUGUUGACGUUAAUGGAACCACUCUGGAGAUACACCUAUACUGGACAGGAAAAGGAACCAGUGCAAUUCCCACCAGAGGGGUCUAUGGACCUCUUAUAUCUGCUAUUAAAGUGACUCCUAAUUUCAAGGUGGACACAGGGAAAGGACUAUCAGCCGGAGCAAUAGCUGGUAUUGUGAUUUCUUGCUGCGUAGCUGUCCUACUGCUUCUUGCAGUCCUCCGAAUGAAAGGUUAUUUAGGUGGCAAAGAUCCAGAUGAAAGUGAACUUCGUGGACUGGAUCUUCAAACUGGGUAUUUCACCUUAAGACAAAUUAAGGCUGCUACUAAUAACUUUGAUCCUGAAAAUAAGAUAGGUGAAGGAGGAUUUGGGCCGGUUUACAAGGGUGUACUGUCAGAUGGUGCGGUGAUUGCAGUUAAACAGCUAUCCUCUAAAUCAAAGCAAGGGAACCGGGAGUUUGUGAAUGAGAUUGGAAUGAUUUCUGCAUUGCAACAUCCAAAUCUUGUGAAGCUUUAUGGCUGUUGUAUUGAAGGGAAUCAGUUGUUGCUAGUAUAUGAAUACAUGGAAAACAAUAGCCUUGCACGUGCACUUUUUGGUCGUGAAGAACAACGUCUUAACCUGGACUGGCCAACAAGAUUGAAAAUAUGUUUAGGAAUAGCUAGAGGUUUAGCCUAUCUUCAUGAAGAGUCGAGAUUGAAAAUUGUUCAUAGAGAUAUAAAGGCAACAAAUGUGCUGCUUGACAGAGCUCUAAAUGCUAAGAUAUCUGACUUUGGAUUAGCCAAGCUUGAUGAAGAAGAGAACACUCAUAUCAGCACAAGGAUAGCUGGAACAAUAGGUUAUAUGGCUCCGGAAUAUGCAAUGAGGGGAUACUUGACUGACAAGGCGGAUGUUUAUAGUUUUGGAGUUGUUGCUUUAGAGGUUGUAAGUGGGAAGAGCAACACGAAUUACAGACCAAAAGAGGAGUUUGUUUAUCUUCUUGACUGGGCCUAUGUCCUGCAAGAGCAAGGAAAUCUUCUUGAGCUAGUGGAUCCAAGCCUUGGUUCCAAUUACUCAACUGAAGAAGCAUUGAGGCUGCUAGAUCUGGCUCUCUUGUGCACCAACCCAUCUCCCACUCUAAGGCCAUCCAUGUCUUCCGUGGUGAGCAUGAUUGAAGGGAAGAUUGCCGUCCAAGCUCCCAUAAUCAAGCGCAGCAACAUGAGCCCGGACUCGCAAGCUCGGUUCAAAGCCUUUGAGAAACUAUCAAAAGACAGUCAGAAUCAUGUAUCAACGUUUCUUCAAGAUGACAAGAAAACGUCCAUAUUUCCAGCAGUUGUCAAUGAAAUUUUGAGAGGCAAGAGAAUCAACCUACACUUGAGCAUUUAAAUGUUAAGAUUCAAGUCAAUGACUCUUCAAUUAAAUGUUGAAUUUCCUAAAUAUUAAAAGUAAUUUGCUCAUCAUCUUGAAGAUAUGGUGCUGGAUUGCUUUGCUGGUAGAACUGUAGAAGAAUAAGCUCGAAAGUGACUGGUAGCACGUAGCAUGUAGCACCUCAGGACACAUCCAAUAAAGUUGAGCAACAAUCAGAAAGUAUUAAAAUUUUUUUUUUUCCAUCAAUCAGAAAGCAAUACUUGAUUAUCAACUAAUUCACACACCAUUUCAUUGAAAGAGGCCGAGACUAGAGGUAACCAUUUUUUAUGGGAAAUAUUGUAGGCUCUUGAAGAUGAGAGAUUGUGACUGUAUUGAACACAAUUUUUUUGUUUUUUUAAACUAUAAUAUAAAAAGAAAAAGAUUUGUUAAAGAAUUACAAUUCAUUCACCCAAUAGAACUCAUUAACUCCU